CAAAGGUGUACACUGAAGAUUGAAGAAUGAUGUUUUGUGCCAAGACAAGCACCGAGUUGUACUAUCAACAGAUUUUGCCAGAAAUGUCAAAUAUUUAUAUUUAUAUUUAGGUUAUUUUUUAAAGUUAUAGGUACCUUUUUAGUUUUAUAAUUGUACAAAUUAUAUAUAUUAUUCCUCAGUUACAACCCCAUAGUCUUCAAAACAUCAAUUUUAUUUCAGGCACGUUCCAGUGUUAGACUGUUCAACAUCGAUUAACUUGUUUCUGUUUUGCACUUGCACUAGACAGGUAUGGGAUUAGUCCCCCGAACGGUGUUCGGUGGUAAUUUUUGAAUUUAAAAAGUUAUCUAUUUUCUACAUCCAAUGUCCAAACCACAAGAAGUACAAAUAGUUAAUCUCAUAGCUACCAAAGAUGUAGAGCCUCUGAGUGCAAGUAAUUCCCAACAACCCAGUAUUAUAUACCUUAAUGAGAGGGGCUAUGAAGGUUGUUAUACCUAAUGUGUCUAGCAACAGUUCUGGAGCGAUUUUUAACUUUAGAACUUCUGUUGGAAGUGAAGGAGAAAACCGGGAAGAUUAGUUUUUGUAUAUAGACAUUUUUUGAACUUGAUGCUUUGUAAUAACCCCAACUUUUUCUGUACAUUUCUUGUACACAUUUUUUUUCAUUUGAAGAUUCUGAGCCAAGAGUGGAAUGGGAUGUUAACUCCACAAAGCAUAUGUUAAAAUUGUAUGAUGAGAAAUGUGAUUUACUUGAACAUGGCGUUAUAAAUACACAAAAGAAAUUGUGGGAACUAGUAUCAAAAGACAUGCACAAACAUGAUUUUUACUAUUCUGCACAGCAAUGUGAGAACAAGUGGAAAAGUCUGAAAAGAUGCUACAGAUUGAAACAGGAAAGACUAGAAAAGUAUGGACAAUGUAAAAGACCAUGUCCUUUUGAAGAUGAGCUACAGGAGAUUUUCAAAAAACGACCACAUGAAGCAGCAUACAUCCCAAAGACAGUUGACCAAGCAUUCAUAAAAAUGAAGCAAGAUAUUGACGGAUUUAUGGACACAAAUCUCAAUGAUCCACCAGGUUUCAGUAAUUUUGAGGAUGAUGAAGAUUACGUCGAUUCCCUCGAUCAACCUGCAGCUGAAACGGUAAAUCAGGUGAUAGUCCAAGAUAACACACAACUAGUGGAGGAACUCUCUGAGCUGAGGAAGACCAUUAGCAAACAUACUCGGAUCACUACGCAACUGAUCAGAGAGACCAUGGAGAUUCAGGAGAGGUUUGCGAAAUACUUUGAAGGGGCUGCGCAAAGAGAAACUCAAAGGAUAGACCUCGAGGAAGUGCGAGUAGAACAACAGAAUGAAAUUAUCAAACAGAUGGCUUUACAGAAUAGCAUAUUGCAGAAGUUGAUGGAUAAAUUGGGAUGACAUAGUGUUUGAAGGAGUUUGUUUUAGCACGAUUUGUAACUAUGAGAAUUUUCAAUAAAGUUCUUAUGCCCCACUUUUGAGUUUUCUCUGUAAUUGG